GCUGUCCAUGGGCCUUCCGGGCAGCCUGGCCUCCUUCUGGCCUUCUUCCCUCAGGCCCGGCCCAGCCAGGAGGAGGAGGGCCAAGGGAAGCCUGAGGCCUGUGCUCGGGAGUCCGGCUCAGCCUGGGAAUCAGCCCCGACCCACAGGCCGGAUCCUUCCCUCAGCAGAGAAGGAGAGAGGCUCCAGGGCGGCGGGAAUGGCGGAGCCACUGCAGAAGAAGCUCCAGGCCGAAGUGGAGAAGUACCAGCAGCUCCAGAAAGAUAUCAGCAAGUGCAUGUCGUCCCGGCAGAAGCUGGAGGCCCAGCUGACGGAGAACAACAUUGUGCAGGAGGAGCUGGGCUUCCUGGACGCCUCCAACGCCGUCUUCAAGCUGAUUGGGCCCGUCUUGGUGAAGCAGGACAUGGAGGAGGCCAAGGCCACGGUCGGGAAGAGGCUGGAGUACAUUGCCGGGGAGAUCAAGCGCUAUGAGUCCCAGAUGCAGGAUCUGGAGAGGAAGUCGGAGCAGCAGCGGGACUUGCUGGGGAGGCUGCAGCAGGACUUCCAGAAGGCCCAGGCCCCCGCCGGAAAGGCAGCCGCCCUCAAGGCAUGAAGGAGGAGGGAGGGAGGAGAGGAAGGGGGGCCCAGCACCUGGAUCAGGCUUGGCCCCUCUGGUCACAAUAAAACAAAGUCACGUCUCUGUC